AUGGAUGGUGAGCGAACCUUGGUGGCUACACAAGGACUUCUGACGUAUCCUGAACACAUGAGUCACUUUGUGGCUCAACAGCUUUUGGUUAUGUCUGUCCCAGAAGAACAAGUGCCACCUAUUAUUGAGAAACUUGAUAAAAAGCUUUCCGUGGUCAGUGAUUGGAUUGCAAGACAACCUUGUGGGUAUCUAGGCCAUCGCAUUACAGGACCUGAGGAUCGCAUUAGACGAGCUCGCACUAGAGGAGCUCGCAUUCGAGGAGCUGAGGAUGAUAUGGUUAUAGCUACACAGGAAUCCAUUGCAUCAUAUAAGGCCAAUCUCACUCCUGCAACUAGAUCAUUCAUUCAUGGUUUGAAGAAAUUAAGACUUGAUGGUUUGGAAGAAGCUGUUAUUAGAAAGACUCCAACUUGUGCCAUCUGUCUUCAGGAUUUUGCAGAAUCUGUUGAAGAACUGAUCACUUGCUUGCCCUGCAAACACUAUUUUCAUGUCAAUUGCAUUGUCCUGUGCCUCGAGAUCAAUCACAUCUGCUCCUAUUGUCGAUACCCGAUGCCAACUCUGGAGGCCGGUGAGCCAUGA